AUGACUAGCUCUCAUAUCUCUUUAUUAGAUUUGUCGAAGCAGCUGUUUUUUCAAAUUGAUGAUGAGACCAAAAAGCAGCUGUGUUUUGCUGAAACGUUAAUCAUUAGUUGCGGUCAUCGUGAUGGAGAAGUUGAAGAUGAAGCUUCUGAUUCUGAGUGGACUUGCGAAGAAUCUUCUGACAGCGAAGAUUUAGCGGAGGUCAAGCCAACAGUCCUUAAUAAGGAUCAAACUGUAGACGUUGAAGAGGCAAUAGAACAAAAAGAACCUGACGGGAUGGAAAAUAACUUUCAUUUCUUUUUCUUUCCUGAUUGCUCAAAACCGCUUCCUCCAAAGGAUAGCAUAACAAGUAUAGUUAUUGAAGAUGGUAUGCCGACGGUAAACCUUGCUGCGCUCAACAAAGAAAAAUGUUUGUGUGCAUUAGAUAAAGAAGGGAAAUGUCCAUGUCACACUAAAGUACCCUGUAGAUGUGGGCCUAAGACAAGAGCGGAGUGUAAAUGCUUAGAAGUAGAAAAUCUUUGCUUAUGUGAUGAUGGAAAACCGCAAUUAGUAUGUACUUGUAAACCAAGUAAUGUUUGCAUGUGUCAUCCUGAUUGUAAACCACGGCCUUUGUGCAAGUGCUCGCAAGUUAAUAAACCAUGUAUUUGCAAAAGGGGCAAGUAUCCAUGUCCUAUAUGCAUUUGCGAAUGCAAGCCUGUUUGUUCUGAUCAUGCUGAGAUACAAAAAACAAAAUAUGGAGAAGAAACCACAUUACAAGAAGAAGAAGAAGAAGAAGAAGUAGAAAAAAUAGUUACUGAAGAACCUAAACAUGAAUCUGAAAAAGUACCGUGUACGUGCCAAAAUGAAGAUAAAAAACCUAUAUGCUUUUGUAAAAAGGGCAAAGAGUGUAUUUGUGAAGAAGGUGUUUGCAUAUGCGGUGUACAAAGAUCAUGCAUUUGUGAGAAAAUUGAGGAAGAGGAACCGCCCUGUAAAGAUGAUGAAUCUAAGUCCAUUUGCAGCUGUCCUGUUACUCCACUAUGCACUUGCUUUGCUGACUCCCCCGAUAAGUGCAAAUGUUUUCCAAAGCCUGGUCUUUGCACUUGCGGAGAUCCUGAAGACUGUAAAUGUUUUAAAACAUGUGACUGCAAGGAACCUUGCAUCUGUGAUGUAAUUCCACUUCAAGGCGAAGGUAUUUGCACAUGUCCUGAUAAUCACACAAAAAUAGCAGGGGGUACGGUUUGUACUUGUCCGCGCAAAAAGAGUAUCCAAAGAAAACUGAAAAGGACGAGAGCUGGCAAGCACGGCUACCGCUGGUGCCACGAUGUCGACCCGAGACAUACAUAUUUUGAUUACGGUUAUGGAAGACAUGACAAAAUAUCUUACGAGGAACCGAAGAAAGAAAAGAUAAAAAGUUUUAGGACUCCACGAGGAAAAAGAAACAGAGGCAGCUGCGUGCCCUGUUCAUGA